UAUCCCCGCCGUGCGCCUCUCAGCGAGUGCGGAAGUGACUGUAAACUUCACAGUGCGGGUGAAAGGGUUCCGCCUUACAUUCAUCCUGAAUCCGACACUUCUAUCAUUGUUGGUUGUUUAGUAAGGUAUCUUCGGUCGGUCUACAGGAGGAAUGGCAGGGAGAUUACCGGCGUGUGUUGUGGACUGCGGUACAGGAUAUACUAAACUGGGAUAUGCAGGAAACACAGAACCUCAGUUCAUCGUACCAUCAUGCAUUGCCAUCAAAGAGUCGGCAAAGGUGGGUGACCAGGCCCAGAGAAGGAUGAUGAAAGGUGUCGAUGACCUUGACUUCUUCAUCGGAGACGAGGCAAUCGACAAGCCCACUUACGCAACCAAGUGGCCCAUCAGACAUGGUAUCGUAGAGGAUUGGGAUCUAAUGGAGAGAUUCAUGGAGCAGGUCAUCUUUAAAUAUCUGAGGGCGGAGCCUGAGGACCACUACUUCCUGCUGACUGAACCUCCUCUAAACACACCUGAGAACCGAGAAUACACCGCAGAGAUCAUGUUCGAAUCCUUCAAUGUGCCGGGACUUUAUAUCGCUGUGCAGGCAGUCUUGGCUCUAGCGGCAUCCUGGACCUCUCGGCAGGUUGGAGAGAGGACUCUAACCGGUACAGUGAUUGACAGUGGAGAUGGAGUCACUCACGUCAUCCCUGUGGCAGAAGGCUAUGUGAUCGGCAGCUGCAUAAAGCACAUCCCCAUUGCAGGUCGUGACAUUACCUACUUCACACAGCAACUGUUGAGGGAGAGAGAGGUGGGAAUUCCACCUGAGCAGUCCCUCGAGACUGCUAAAGCCGUAAAGGAGCGCUUCAGUUACGUGUGUCCUGACCUGGUGAAGGAGUUUAAUAAGUACGACACAGACGGCUCUAAAUGGAUAAAGCAGUACACCGGCAUUAAUGCCAUCAGCAAGAAAGAGUUUACUAUUGAUGUGGGAUAUGAGCGCUUCCUUGGCCCAGAGAUCUUCUUCCACCCUGAGUUUGCCAAUCCGGAUUUUACUCAGCCAAUCUCAGAAGUGGUUGAUGAGGUUAUCCAGAACUGUCCCAUUGAUGUGCGUCGUCCCCUCUAUAAAAACAUUGUUCUGUCAGGAGGCUCUACUAUGUUCCGUGAUUUUGGUCGGCGCCUGCAGAGGGACCUGAAGAGAACCGUGGAUGCUCGUCUCAAAAUGAGUGAAGAACUCAGCGGUGGCAAAUUGAAGCCCAAACCUAUCGAUGUGCAGGUCAUCACUCACCACAUGCAGCGCUAUGCUGUGUGGUUUGGAGGAUCCAUGCUGGCCUCAACACCUGAGUUCUACCAGGUGUGUCACACCAAGAAGGAUUAUGAGGAAAUUGGCCCCAGCAUCUGUCGCCACAACCCUGUGUUUGGUGUCAUGUCCUAAAGAGUCCAUAGAUCUACACACACGCGCAUACACAUAUACACAAAGGGAUUGGGGUUGGGGUGGUCAGGGCUGGGGAGAACAAAGAGCAGGCCACUGGAGAGAGAGCUCAUUUCGGUUAACACCAAACCUGUCUGCUGGAUCCAGAUGAUGAAUGUUGUGUGUAUUUGUUUGUUCGUUUGUUCAUGUUAUUCCCAGUACAAGGGGAAAAAUACGAUUACUAGACCAAAAUGACUCCAGCUCUUCUCUGCCUCUGCUCAGUAAUCUAUGGGUGUCUAAUAAACAAAAAAUAUCCCCCGUCGAGUAAAAUAUGAGUUAACAUUAAUAUUGACAUUCAUUAUUGUAGUGAUGCAGAAGACAGCUGGUGUUAUUAAUGUUUAAAGCAAAAAGCGAUUUAUUCCUAAAAAAGUUGGCCAUGCCAGUCUUCUUCCCCCGUUCCCAAACUGCAUCAUACUCAAGGUGCUUCAUCUUCUUUAGCAGGCAAAGCAGGGGGGAAACUCCAGACCAGAUUAAAAAAAAAAAGAGAGACUUUGAUCCACCGCUUUGAUUCUUCUUGCGCUUUCAUCAAUUUAAAAAAAAAAAAAUUUCUUUUUUCUUGCAUUUUCAUCAAAUUAGUUUUAAAUACGUGACUGCUUUUACCUCCAAUCAUAUCAUAUAUAUUUACAUUUUCUUCCCUAACCGGACGGAAAUGCGUUUAUCAAUAACGAUAGGAUUAUAAUGAGCUUGAACAGGAAUGACUAUCGGACCAGUAUUGCUAACUUCGUGGACUUUUAUAUUUCAUUGAACACCAAAUUACAGCAGGUUUGGAUUUGUAAAUGCAAAUGCCUAAAACAUUCCAAUAAAGGCUUAAAAAUGUUUCUACAAAA